GCCAAUCCAAUAUCAUUGCUGAGAAGCUUUUCAAAAUGCCUUUCUAUGAAAGCUCAAGAAGAAUAUCAAUUUAUCUAAGUACAGAAAGGGAAGUUGACACUGUUAAUAUACUGGAAAGGAUGUUUAAUGAUAAAGAGGUUUUUAUUCCCACAUAUUCUGGCAGUGUAAUGGACAUAGUAAAGCUUUAUGACUUAAAUGAUUACAAAAAUUUACCACUCACAAAGUGGAACAUAAAACAACCAAAAGAAAACGACAGACAGAGAGAAAAUCCUUUGUUGACAGCUCCAUUAGAUUUAAUCCUUAUGCCUGGUGUUGCUUUCACUCGAAAUGGUGGAAGAAUGGGCCAUGGGAUGGGCUACUACGAUAAAUAUUUAAAGACAUACUUCAACAGGUUUCCAGACAGACAAAAAAUCAAUAAAACUCUUCUUGUCGGCUUGGCAUUCCAAGAACAGAUUGUUGAAGAUGAUCAAUUGCCUCUUGAUCCACACGACUACCCAUUAGAUUUGAUUUUAACAAGUGAUUGACUCAUAUGAUAUCGCUUUUACAAACUUUAUUAAUCAUUAAUAAAUGGGAGAGUAAACAAGAAAUCUCUGAAAAGUU